AUGGCUGCAUCAAAGACUUCAAGGUCACGAGCAAUAUCAUUGAUUUUAGCAUCCCUCUUUAUACCUCUUGCAUUAGCAGGUUCUAAUGCAAUAUCUCUUCAAUGGUCAAACAGAAGUUAUGGCCCUGACGGACCAUGGCAAGCAAUUUCUAUUGAUAUCGGUACACCCACUCAAGCUAUUGACCUCCUUCCCGGUGGGACAUGGACAGCUGAUAUCCUAAGCACUUCAAUUUGUUCUAAUUCCUCAAGCUGCUCAUCAUCGAAAGCUGGACUUUUUGAUAGGCAUGCUUCCACUUCCUACACUGAAAUCAACGAUACUGGUGUCAUUUCCAAUACUACAUUCGCAAACCGGGCCGGUGCAUUGCCCAUUUUAUCCGGCGACGCUCACAUAGGACUUGAUACCUUGACAAUUUCCAAUGGAAUAGAUAGUAACACUAUCGAGAAUUUUGAACUUCUUGUCAUUGAGAUUGCUGUUCAAACUUUAUCAAACGGAACAGCGUACGCACCUCAAGUCGGGACCCUUGCCCUAGGUGCCCCAGACAUUAAUCAGACAUUCUCUUCAAAUCUUACCGGGCAGUUUCUCUCCUCUGGCUUAUACUCCCAGGCUAGGAUUCCGUCGAAUUCAUUUGGCUUGCACAUUGGUUCUGCUUCGAUGGGUAUUCCUGGAAGUUUGGUACUUGGAGGAUACGAUCAAUCUCGAGUUUUGACGCCUGUCACUACGCAACAGGGUUACAAUGGUACAUUCUCCAUGUCACUAGCUGACAUUUCAAUCGGUACUAUUGAUGGAUACUCUCCUUUGAACUUCAAUGCCACUAAAUCUGGGCUUCUAUUCAAUAAUGCAACUUCCGCCGCAUCUAAUGGUUUACUAGAAGUGAACGUCGAUCCUUCGGUUCCAUAUCUCUACCUCCCAACAUCAACUUGCGACAUACUUGCCUCUUUCCUCCCCAUAAUAUACAACGAAAAUCUAAACCUCUACCUCUGGAACACUGCAUCUCCACUCUACAAACCUAUCAUCUCAUCACCUACCUAUCUCGCCUUCACAUUCUCUAACUCAGACUCAGACAAUCAGAAUACUCAAACCUCAAUCAAAAUUCCCUUCUCCCUCCUUUCACUUUCGUUAAAAUCUCCCCUAUCUAACACUUCUGAUUCUAUUCCCUAUUUCCCCUGCCAACCAUCCUCACUACCCUCCGGCUCUUGGGCUCUCGGCCGUGCAUUUCUCCAAGCUGCCUUCUUAGGAACCAUUUGGACUGAUUCAUCCAAUAUCUCUUCAUCCCAAAGCACUGCAUUUUUUCUAGCUCAAGCGCCGGGUCCUGAUGUUCCCGAUGAGAAAUUAGUUAACCUUCAGCCUGAUUCUACUUCCCUAAAUACCGCCACAACCACAUGGAAAGACACAUGGUCGUCUUAUUGGACGCCCCUUAACACCCCUCUAAAUCUUUCCUCACCCCAGUCACCCACCCCAUCGUCUUCAUCUUCGUUUUCUAGCACAGGACUACCUACUGCGCAGAUGAUCGGAAUCUCCGUCGGCAGUGCCACGGCUUUCCUUUUGCUUUUGACAGUGAUUUUCUGGAUUUGUAAACGCAAGGCCAACAUAGCGCGAGAAAACAAAAAAAAAGAAAAGGAAGAGGCAAUUUCGCGGGAAAUGGAAAAGAAGGAGAGGGAGAGACAGGGUAUCGAUUUGGGCUGGAUUAAGUUGGAAGAUGAUCCUUGA